GUUGGCAGUGCGAUCUCGUCGACAAUUUUCCCAGAUCGCCCUCGCGAAAUACAGCGGGCUGCUAUGCAUCUUCUCUGUCUGCAAGGUUCAUAGCUGGGCCUCCAAUGGAAUUCAAAGUUUUGGAAAGAUUUGUUCCUUACGCGGAAAAGGCCGCACAAGUUCAUCCCUAUGUCGAGGAUGACAGUCCGAUACGGUAUACUUUACUGUCCUCUGGCGCGGGCAGAUAUAGUUACGACAGUGAAGUUGCCAUUGCUGGGUGGACGGUAUUCACCAGUCGGGGGCCAUUCAACACUGUGAGCUAUACAAACGACAGAUUCAACCGAAAACCCGUUCUGCAAGCGUUCUACGCUGAUUUCCUUUUACAAGACGUCCUUCCGUCAAAGACUUCAACCAUUGACGCAAUCAAGUCUGGUCAGUUUGAAAAGGUCACACAACGGGCUCUUGUAAUUGUUUUUGAGCAAUCAGCCACGCUCCAUUUCACUGACGGAGAGUCGGUUGAUAUUCCAAUCCCUUAUCGCAUCGAACGAGCAUGGCCUCUCAAUCUGGGCAUUCUUGUGCAACGCAAACGGGAACAUGGCGAUAAUACGGAUGCACCCAUAUUGUAUAGCCUAGCACAUCCCCUGGACAACUUUAGGCCGAUGGACGUUAACACGCCGACUGGAUCGGCCGCAGUCAUCCAUUACCCAACAGAUUCCAAGUCAAACCCUGAUGAGAACGUGAACUGGGAUGUGUUAUUUGUGCAAAGUCAUCGUCAACAGAACCCCUUCAUAGUUACAUUUGACGGCAGUCAACGCAAUCACAAUAUAUGGAUUUAUAAUCAUAAAUUGGAUCAUCUGGGGGAUACGAGCAACCCACUUGACUGUCUAGAUCCUCGCUCGUAUGUACAGACAGCACUGAAACCGGCCGUCACCAUGCGGCUAGUUUGGUCAGAUAACUUGCAGGCGGGCAACCGCCGGAUUCCACAUCGAGCCGAGGUUGUUUUCGUAACGGAGAAUCACAGAGGUGAUCCCAUCAUUUGGUUUUUGAGUCCUCAUGCGACGGAUGAGACAGAGUUCCAGGAUGCGAUCAAGUCCACUCGUCGCCUGACGGCGAUGACUGUACAGACUGCCAAUGAUGAGCAGUUCAUCUUUGACCUUUUCCUGGAUAUUCCGGCACUUUCAGCGGUACCGCUGCGUGCCACUAGACCGAGUCAUUUUGAUACGUUGAUACUGCAUCCCGACAGCAGCCUUACCCUGUGGACCGGGUAUACAACCUCACUAAAAUGUACAGUGCCAUCGGACUUCCAGGAAGCAGACGAUACUGGCUUAACAGGAAAACGUCGACGCAGCGGAGAAAUACCUGACCGGCCAAGAACCGAUGACUCGCGCGAUUCACCCAGAAGAGUAGAUGGGCGACAGACGUUACGUUCACCCUCUCGCGCCAGUCGAGUUAUUGAUUUAAAAGAUCCAGUGGAUAAUCGAGUAAAUAUGGUACUUUCAAAUGGGAAAUCAUACCGAGUGAUGUUGGAUGGCGAGCCGACAUCUGAACUGGUCGCUCGGUGCGUUGAAGCGCUGUCCUACGCUCUGCCUGUGCCCAUGUUCGAGGAAUUUUAUCAUCGAUGGCUCGCAUUCCAGGGUGGUCCUACUUUGAAGUGGGAAAACCUGCGGUCAAAUGAUGAGUGGAUCGACUGGCUCACCGUAUUCUUCUCUUUUUGCCACAAGACUAUUGAGAUGGAUGACGGCAGCAUUCCCAGUGUCCUCGAACCUGGUCCGCACAAGCAUCUUGUAUGGCUGAAUCGGUAUAAAGCUGAUACACCGUGGCAGAAAAAGCUGGCUCAGAAGUUUCUUCAGUCUUAUCCGAAACCUACCGCCUCCACUAUGCAGAUAUCUUUUACAAAAUCGAAGGCUCUUUUUGAGCAUUACCAUACUGGGCCAAAUUUCAUUCUCUUUCUCCCAGCAAUUGUCAUCGUCCUUCAUUUGGUGUACGAGGAUAUGAAACUUAGUAUUCUAUAUGAGAGCGCAUGGAGACGACUGGGGCAACUGUUGCUGCAGAUUGCACGCUGCCUGGGAUGGAAGGACUACAGCUUCCACUAUCAAAUGGAUGGAAUCAAGCCUGAGGGCAUCGUAAUGAUUGACGUGCAAAACAACAUCGCCCGUCCCCUAGCACCCUUUAGCAUGGCAUCGUGGAUUCUGAAUACGUUGAGGAAUGUGAAAACCUUAACUCCGCUCGAAUACUUCUCCGGUUUACCUUCCAAUGGCUGUCGUAGCCCGAGCGGACUCAUACGUUCAACGCUUUUCCAUCAAAUUAGCGCUCUAUUUUGCGCAAUGACCACGUCCAAAUCGUCUGCAGCGGAAGGAUUGGUAUUAGAAAUGCUCAGGCAAGGACUUUCGAAAAAGGACAUGGCUAGUUUGCCCCUGGGCGUGUCCCUUCCUAUACUGCAGGCGUUGGAGGAAUGCAGGGAAGAUCCACCAGGCGAUUGGACGGCAGAAGCAUACAAUUUUAUUGGACGAGAAGAUCUAGCUGAACAAUUUGGUACCAAGCUGCAAGUGUCAGAGAGCGAUGCUAAAGAGCCAAAAGGAUUCGAAUCUCCCCCGGCAUCCUCCGAUGUGAACACAACAGACGGAACGGAAGCAGUCCUCACUGAAAUCACAAAGUUGCGCUUCAUGAAAGAUCGGCGAAUAGAAGAGGUUCGACGUAUGCUCCAGUCAGCCACACCUUCAUCGUAUAAACUUGACAUAGACACGUCUGACGAUAAAGAUUGGACGCUGGAGCAGCAAAAGCAUCUUCAGAUUCUGGCACAGCGAGUGCUGGCUUUACCGACUGGAAGAGCUCUUCUUACGUUCGGUCUAGUGUCCCCCAUACCUACAGAAGCAUUUCCAAUCCCGGACCUCGUUGUUGCAGCCAGGCUGCCUCCUAUGAAUUCUGUUGUGCAUAUGGAAGUCGCAAAAGGAACUCCGAGUCUUCUGGACUGGCCAUCCUUUCAUAAUGGAGUAGCAGCCGGACUGUCAGUGGUCCCCAAUUGGAAGCACAACAACGGAGCGUGGAUCGUUUUUAACACACCUGCAAAGGAAGAGGAGGGAAAGCGCAGUCUCGAUGGCAAGCACGCUGGCUUUUUAUUAGGACUGGGUCUUCUCGGGAAUCUGCGAAAGAUGAACUUGUACGAUCUUAUCGACUACAUGAAUCUGAAACAUGAGUUCACCGCCAUCGCUCUACUUCUUGGUUUGGCGGCCACUCAUAAAGGAGAUCAAGACAUGAGGCACACGCGUUUGUGCUAUUCGCACAUCGAGCCGUCGGAUGAUAUUCCUGGAACACCCUCUGGGCUUGAGGUGAAGCCCGCUGCCAUUCUUAGUGUUGGACUACUAUACUUGGAAUCGUUGGCUCGACUGCAUACGGAGAAGAUGCUUUACCUUUUACAGACGAUGGAAUCAAUGGAAAACAAUCUUCCGUACAUACAUAAGGAAAAUUGUGCUCUUGCUUGCGGACUGUCCCUGGGAUUGAUCACGCUUGGCCGUAUCAAUUCGGUCCAAGCUGCAGGUAUAGCCGACAUCCGAUUAGGCAAGCGUAUGCUCAAAUAUGCGCUGGGAACAAGUCAGCCAUACAUCGUAGCCAGUGCCACUAUUGCGCUGGGGUUAAUGUACUUGAAAACGAAUGACACUUCCGUCGCAGAUAGGCUGAAAGUUCCACAGACAGCUUUCGUUUUGAAGAAGGUCCGACCGGAUAUACUUCUUUUGCGUAUUCUGAGCCGGAACCUGAUUCUGUGGGACCAAAUCGAGCCAUCUGGCGAGUGGAUUUCAAGUCAAACUCCGCAAUUUAUCCUGGAUGGCAGUGACGACCUUUCUACUGGUGACGCAGAUAUGUACCUGCAAGCCUCUUGGAAUAUCGUUGCUGGUGCUUGUUUCAGCAUCGGGCUCAAAUACGCUGGGUCUAACAAUAUGAACGCAUUCAAAACUCUAUUGGUCCAAUUGGAACAGAUGAUUACACUUAGUAAUGCACCAGCCACUACAUUUUCUCAAAAGUUGAAUAGAACCAUUGCCCGAAGCUGCUUAGACGUCAUCGUUACAUCGUUAAGCUUAGUGGUCGCGGGUAGCGGUAACGUGAAAGUUUUGCGCAUACUACGGAAGCUGCAUGACCGUUCGGGAGGGGACGUUAGUUACGGAAACCACAUGGCCACUAACAUGGCGUUGGGCUUCCUCUUCUUGGGAGGGGGUACUUGCACCCUCGGAACGUCGAAUAUCGCGGUAGCCGCUCUGGUUUGCUCCCUCUUCCCGCGGUAUCCCCUUACCCCUGAUGACAACCGAGCACAUCUCCAAGCAUUUCGACAUCUGUGGGCACUGGCUGUUGAACCUCGCUGCCUUGUCACGCAGGACGUACAGAAAAAGGAGCUCUGCUGUGUCCCAGUUAAUGUGAAUGUGUUCGAUGAAACCGUGGCUGGCGGUAUCCGUGAAAUCGUGAUGGUGACUCCAUGCUUGCUGCCGUCGUAUUCUGAUAUUCACUCGAUUCGAACGGAUAGUCCUCGUUAUUGGCCCAAUACGUUGAUGGUCGCAUCGAAUCCCAUCCAUAAGGACAUACUGAUCAAGGAGCGCGCCAUGGUUAUGCAGAGGAGGAUUGGACACCUUAGCUACAUGGAGGAUCCCAAAGGAUCACAUUCCCCAGAGAACAUGUCGCUCUUCAACGCUAGUUCAGCUGGUAUUUCAGAUACAACAUCUCUACUGAAGGCGGUCGAAACGGCACCCGAAUUGUGUGCCUUUGCCCAAUACGUUUGCCCAGACCCGUCUCCGGAGAGGUCGCGCUUUUUUUCAAUGGUGCUCCACGAGUGCAUAAAACUGGAUCGACCUGAACUCAUACGACCAUAUCUGUGGAUUGACAAACUCAUGCGGAACUUGUCAGAAGAGCUAAACCCGACCGCCAUGUGGAACCUUAAACUUAUUUUGGAAUUUUAUGAGAUGGCUGGGUCGCAGGCUGGGGGACGGUUAUCCAAGGCUCUAGCACGCCCACUUCUGCCUCCUGCCUUUCUGAACCAAGUGAAAGCUGAACUAGAAAUAUUCUUUCGGGAAUUGGAAGCGUCAAAGGGCAAUACACUGGGAAGUGGAGUAUCCUUCGAGGAUGUACUACAUCAUCUCGAUGCCGAAGGCGAUGCAUCUGUUCCUGAUAACGUAUUAUCAGUGGCAAAGGCGUACCGCAUUUACCGGGACUGGCCAUCGGUGAACGACAUGGAAAUAAUAAGGCAGUCCUUGCGAAUGACGAAAAUAUCAGGAUUGCGCGAAAAGGUGUUAGAGCUGGCGGGUAGCCGCCAGUUGGACAAAGUCCCUCAAGCGACACUUCAACGGGUCCUUAGUUUUGUACAUAAUUCGUCCUGAAAUUGACGCGAGUGGUUGCUGUACAUAGGGUUGAUAAAUCUCUAUUGAUAUUUACAGUAUGGUAUUGCUCUAUAUACAUAUAAGGAGAUUGGACUAUUAGAAAAGGAAAUAGUAUGGUAUCAAUGCUGUUUCGCUUUGAGCAUUUCGUCCAAUUUCCUUUCGGCUUCUUCCAUUUCCAUGCGGUCUUUUGCU